AUGCAACAUGACCACAAGAAGAACUCACGUGACACCUCACACAAGGUCGUCAGAGACCAGCAAACAGGGCAAAACGGGGACAAGUCUGACACGACCGUCGUCCAAUUGCGCGUGCGAGUGGACGACGACGACGUGCAACGUGAGACUCUGCUGGACUUUGAGUGCGAUUGGACACCGGGCAUUGGCGGCUCCAUUUGGACCAGUGGCGAGCUGCUGGCUGCGUACCUAGUGCUGCAACGCGAAUCGUACCGGUUAAUCUUUACCAAUGCCUGUGUCGUGGAACUGGGUAGUGGCACAGGUUAUGUUGGCUUGACGGUCGCUGCGUGUUUUCGACCCGCACACGUGUACCUGACCGACUUGGAGACACACCUCCGUGGCUUGCGUCGCAAUGUCAAACGUAACGCUGGCAAAGUGCGACCAGGUGUGCAGGUGCACGUCUUGGAGCUGAGCUGGGGAUCAUCAGAGCAGCAGACCAGUCUGCUGGAAAUGGUCGCCUCGACGAAUGCUGCUGGUAGUGAAACUCUAAAAGCAGCACAGGUAGACGUCAUCUUGGGGACUGACGUGGCGUAUAUGCAGGAGCUAUAUGUCCCCUUGCUGCAUACGAUCAAUCGCUUGGCAACGUCGCGUACGGUGAUUCUGCUGGGCUUGAACCGCGAUGACACGGGAGUCGCGUUCUUCCAGCAACUGGAGCGAGAUGGGUUCGAGUACUAUCGAAUCCCGGAUUCCAAGCUGCCAAAGGAGUACUGGGGCCGCGACUUCGGGUUGUUUGAGAUUCGUCGCCGGCACGACUGA